GCGCAUUUUACUAAGAUCAAAUGUUAAUUGUAGGACACGAAUUAGCAACAAUGCAUGGUUCGCCUGUAUAAAGCAGCAAUGCAUGGAUCGUCCUCUUGCCCAGCUGCAGAGCGAGCGAGAGCAAGUAGGCAGCCAGGCCCAGGCGUUAACCUAACCAGCGAGAGCUAGCUAGCAGACUACUCUGAACCACCCCCCACAAAAGAAAUACGGAUGGCAAACAACGCCGUCAACCCAGAUGGAAGAGCGCAGCAGACAACAGACAAUAAUAGCGAUACCACGGGGACAGGACGCAACGACGCGACAGGCAGUAACAUUGGCAAGGGCGUCAGCGUCGCCGGCGUCAUGCUGGAUGAUGAGAAAUCCAGCAGGGUGAACGUGGCCGCCGAGAAGGUGCUGUCGGUGUCGGCGAACCUGGCGAAGCUGCUGCCGUCUGGCGCGGUGCUGGUGUUCCAGACGCUGUCGGCGUCCUUCACCAACCAGGGCGCCUGCAACGUCGCCAACAAGUGGCUCAGCGCCUUGCUCGUCACCUUCCUCACCGCCGCCUGCAUCUUCCUCACCUUCACCGACAGCAUCGUCCACAAGGGCAAGGUCUACUACGGCGUGGCGCUCCCGCGGCGGCUCAACGUGUUCGGCCUCACCAAGAGGGAGGAGCGCGAGCUGCUCAAGGCGCUCGGCGGCGAGCUCAAGGAGCGCCGCCUCAAGACGCUCGACUGGGUCCAUGCCUUCUUCACCGCCAUCGUCUUCAUCUCCAUAGCCAUGGGCGACGUCGGGCUCCAGAAGUGCUUCGUCCCGAACCUGGACAGCGACCAGAUGAAGAACGUCAAGGAGCUGCUGAGGAAUGCGCCGCUGGGGCUGGCGCUCCUGUCCAGCUUCGUCUUCAUGAUCUUCCCCACCAGAAGACGCGGCGUCGGCUUCGACAACGGCAACCGCGGCGAUACCCCUCCAUCUGAGGAGGACAAAAAAAAGGCUAACCAGCAGCAGCAGCAUUCAAAGGACAACAACGUUUAAAAUCACAGAAAUUCACCACCAGAAAACUAUGCUUGUUUGUUUGCUUACGUUUUGACUUCCUAUUCCCUGCAACUAUUGGUACGGUGUGUUUCAUAUUUAUUUGUGUGCUUACUUACUUGAGUAAAGGAUGUAAAACCUGUUUGUGUGCUUAUUUCAGUUCGCUCUUUAUUUCCCCUAAUAAAGAAAUAAAGGUUAUGCUCCAUUCAU